GUAAUAGCGCACUCUAUUCCAUACAGUCGUUUACUGUCAGCGAUUCCACUUGAUAUUUUAUUUUUCCAUUGCAAUUGUGCAAAUAGUCAGAAAAUAAAAUGGCCAGUCUUGCAACAAGAGGUUCCAACCUUGUGAACAAGCUAAUAACCCAAGGAAGACCACAGCUUGAUGUCUUCUUGAAAUACGCCAAAGUGGAAUUGACUCCUCCAACUCCCGCUGAUAUCCCUGCUAUUCGCAGUGGCAUUGGCCGCCUUCUCACAGGUGCACGCACUGGAGCUUACAAAAAUGUUACGGUACGUCAAGCUACUCUAAAUACCUUGGUCACCAUGGAAGUUAUUUUCUGGUUCUAUAUUGGCGAAUGCAUUGGUAAACGUCACAUUGUUGGCUAUGAUGUUUAAGCGGUUAAUUAAGAUUAGUGUUAACUCGUUUAAGUAUUUAAAGUAAAACAGUUUUCGCGAACAUUAAUUACAGCCGAAAAGAAGGAAACAAAAUCGUUACACUUAAUAAAUGUCUAAUACGAAUUCCACAAAUAAAAUUACAUAAACACUGCUGCGAAUGUAAAA